UAUCAAAGAACAAAAUAUAAUAUUAUUAAUUAAUAUUUAACCAUGUUGUUAUAAGGAUCAUAAUCUAUAUUCUAUGAUAAGGAUAGGUACAUUUCAGCAUUCAGCAUAUUUUAGAAUUAUGAAUUAUGAUUUAUGCCUUAUAAUUUUAGCAAUAAAACUCAACGCAUUUGUCGGCACGGAUUGAAAUUAAUUAACCWGCGUCCGGUGAUUCUUGGUACCUUCCAAUUCACAGACCACAACUGCCUAAUAUUUUUUUAACACAAUAUUUCAAAACAUUAAUUCUUUUGUAAUGAUAAUAACAUUUUAAUAAUACAUUUUUGUCUACAAUUCUACUUUUAAAAUUACAUUCAAGUAAAUUUAGUAAAUCAAUCUUAUAUCUACAAUGGCCAGUGCUUGUCGAAUAUUUUGCCGAAAUAUUAGCAAUACACCGUUAUCGAAAAUAAUUACAACAAAAUUACGAGUGUCAACAAUGGAAUUUAUUCGAUCUUAUAGUCAUGGUGAACAACAAGACAAGUUAACUACUUUAAAACAAGGCGCGUUUGCUGAGUUUUACGAAAAAACCAAAGAGAACAAACAAGUUGUUGAAGAAGACCUAGACUUUGAAAUACUAUUGAGGAAUUCAAAUUUUAUAAAUCUUGGUGAUCCUGAGGGUAAACAAGUGAUUGGAACUAUAUUUCAUAUUGUUGAUAAUGAUUUGUAUAUUGAUUUUGGAUGGAAAUUUCAUUGCGUUUGUACUAGACCAAUUAAAAAUGCUGAUUCUUUUGUAAGAGGAUCACAAGUAAAAUUAAGGAUCAAAUCCUUAGAAUUAGCUACCAGAUUUUUGGGCUCUGAAAAAGAUUUAACUCUACUCGAAGCAGAUGCAGCUCUUUUGAGUCUUCACAAAUCAAUACAAUAUUAGAUAAACUGUAGUUCAUACUUUAUUUGUUGUGAGAUUAUAUUGGCCUAGUAAUUUGUUUUGUAUGUAAACUUUAAAUACUUGUAAAAUAUAAGUUUGAUUUAUAUAAAUUGA